UUCCUCUCCAGCAGCGAGGCACACUGAUCAGAAAAGGCCGAGCACUCAGUUCCAUAAUAACUGACCCCAGGUCCAGCUGGCCCUGGCUGGCCUGGGUCAGCCUCCGGAGUAUGGUCUGGCUGGGGCUCCCUUUCCUGCUCCCCAUUCUCUUCCUGGCCUCUCAUGUGGGGGCGGCGGUGGACCUGACGCUGCUGGCCAACCUGCGCCUCACCGACCCGCAGCGUUUCUUCCUGACCUGCGUGUCCGGGGAGGCCGGGGCCGGGAGGGGCGCGGACGCCUGGGGCCCGCCGCUGCUGCUGGAGAAGGACGACCGCAUCGUGCGCACCUUCCCGCCCGGGCAGCCUCUGCACCUGGCGCGCAACGGCUCCCACCAGGUCACGCUGCGCGGCUUCUCCAAGCCCUCGGACCUCGUGGGCGUCUUCUCCUGCGUGGGCGGGGCGGGCACCAGGCGCACUCGGGUCCUCUACGUGCACAACAGCCCCGGGGCCCACCUGCUCCCAGACAAGGUCACGCACACGGUGAACAAAGGUGACACAGCUGUGCUUUCUGCGCGUGUGCACAAAGAGAAGCAGACGGACGUGAUCUGGAAGAACAAUGGAUCCUACUUCCAUACCCUGGACUGGCACGAAGCCCGGGAUGGACGGUUCCUGCUGCAGCUCCAAAAUGUACAGCCACCAUCAAGCGGCAUCUACAGUGCCACCUACCUGGAAGCCAGCCCUCUGGGCAGUGCCUUCUUUCGACUAAUUGUCCGGGGCUGUGGGGCAGGACGCUGGGGACCAGGAUGUGUCAAGGAAUGCCCAGGCUGCCUGCACGGAGGUGUCUGUCAUGACCAUGAUGGCGAGUGUGUGUGCCCCCCGGGAUUCACAGGCACCCGCUGUGAACAAGCCUGCAGAGAGGGCCGUUUUGGGCAGAGCUGCCAGGAGCAGUGCCCAGGAACAGCAGGCUGUCGGGGGCUCACCUUCUGCCUCCCUGACCCCUAUGGCUGCUCUUGUGGGUCUGGCUGGAGAGGAAGCCAGUGCCAGGAAGCCUGCGCCCCGGGUCAUUUUGGGGCUGACUGCCGUCUCCAGUGCCAAUGUCAGAAUGGUGGUACUUGUGACCGGUUCAGUGGCUGUGUUUGCCCUUCUGGGUGGCAUGGAGUGCACUGUGAGAAGUCAGACCGGAUCCCCCAGAUCCUCAACAUGGCCUCAGAGCUGGAGUUUAACUUAGGCACAAUGCCCCGGAUCACCUGUGCAGCAGCAGGGAACCCCUUCCCCGUGCGGGGCAGCAUGGAGCUCCGCAAGCCAGAUGGCACCAUGCUCCUGUCUACCAAGGCCAUUGUGGAACCAGACAGGACCACAGCUGAGUUCGAGGUACCUCGUUUGACACUUGGGGACAGUGGAUUCUGGGAGUGUCGGGUGUCUACAUCAGGUGGUCAAGAUAGCAGGCGUUUCAAGGUCAAUGUUAAAGUGCCCCCAGUGCCUCUGACUGCUCCUCGACUCCUGGCCAAGCAGAGCCGCCAGCUUGUGGUCUCCCCACUGGUUUCCUUCUCUGGGGAUGGACCCAUCUCCUCUGUCCGCCUGCACUACCAGCCCCAGGACAGCACGAACGCCUGGUCUGCCAUUGUAGUGGACCCCAGUGAGAAUGUGACAUUAAUGAACCUGAAGCCAAAGACAGGAUACAGUGUCCAUGUGCAGCUGAGUCGGCCAGGAGAAGGAGGAGAGGGGGUCUGGGGGCCUCCUACUCUCAUGACCACAGACUGUCCUGAGCCCUCGUUGCAGCCAUGGCUAGAGGCCUGGCACGUGGAAGGGCCUGAUAGGCUGCGAGUGAGCUGGUCCUUACCUUCGGUGCCACUAUCGGGUGAUGGUUUCCUGCUGCACCUGUGGGAUGGAGCCCGGGGGCAGGAGCGGUGGGAGAACAUCUCAUCCCCCCAGGCCCGCACAGCCCUCCUGACAGGACUCACGCCUGGCAUCCAUUAUGAACUGGAUGUACGACUGUACCACUGCACCCUCCUGGGCCCUGCCUCGCCCCCUGCACACGUGCUUUUGCCUCCCAGCGGCCCUCCGGCCCCCCGGCACCUCCAUGCCCAGGCCCUCUCAGACUCUGAGAUCCAGCUGACGUGGCAGCGUCCAGAGGCUUCAUCAGGGCCCAUAUCCAAAUACAUUGUGGAGGUUCAGGUGGCCGGAGGCUCGGGAGACCCACUGUGGAUGGAUGUAGACAGACCCGAGGAGACCAACACUAUCGUCCGCGGCCUCAACGCCAGCACACGCUACCUUUUCCGUGUGCGGGCCAGUGUGCAGGGACUCGGGGACUGGAGCAACACGGUAGAAGAGGCCACCCUGGGCAAUGGGCUGCAGAGCGAGGGCCCAGUCCAAGAGAGCCGAGCCGCUGAGGAAGGCCUGGAUCAGCAGCUGGUCCUGGCCGUGGUGGGCUCUGUGUCUGCCACCUGCCUCACCAUCCUGGCUGCCCUCUUAGCGCUGGUGUGCAUCCGCAGAAGCUGCCUGCAUCGGAGACGCACCUUCACCUACCAGUCAGGAUCGGGUGAAGAGACCAUCCUGCAAUUCAGCUCAGGCACCUUGACCUUGACCCGGCGACCAAAACCACAGCCUGAGCCCCUGAGUUACCCUGUGCUGGAGUGGGAGGAUAUCACCUUUGAGGACCUCAUCGGGGAAGGGAACUUUGGCCAAGUCAUCCGGGCCAUGAUCAAGAAGGAUGGGCUCAAGAUGAACGCAGCCAUCAAGAUGCUGAAAGAAUAUGCCUCUGAAAAUGACCAUCGUGACUUUGCGGGAGAACUGGAAGUUUUAUGCAAACUGGGGCAUCAUCCCAACAUCAUCAACCUCUUGGGGGCCUGUGAGAACCGAGGUUACUUGUAUAUUGCUAUAGAAUAUGCCCCCUAUGGGAACCUGCUGGAUUUCCUGAGGAAGAGCCGUGUUCUGGAGACUGACCCCGCUUUUGCCCGAGAGCAUGGAACGGCCUCCACCCUCAGCUCCCGGCAGCUGCUGCGUUUUGCCAGUGAUGCUGCCAAUGGCAUGCAGUACCUGAGCGAGAAGCAGUUCAUCCACAGGGACCUGGCUGCCAGAAACGUGCUGGUUGGAGAGAACCUGGCCUCUAAGAUUGCAGACUUUGGCCUUUCCCGUGGGGAAGAGGUGUACGUGAAGAAGACAAUGGGCCGUCUCCCUGUGCGUUGGAUGGCCAUUGAGUCUCUCAACUACAGUGUCUACACCACCAAGAGUGAUGUCUGGUCCUUUGGGGUCCUUCUCUGGGAGAUAGUGAGCCUUGGAGGCACACCCUACUGCGGCAUGACCUGCGCUGAGCUCUAUGAGAAGCUGCCUCAGGGAUAUCGCAUGGAACAGCCUCGAAACUGCGACGACGAAGUGUACGAGCUGAUGCGGCAGUGCUGGCGCGACCGUCCCUACGAGCGCCCGCCCUUCGCGCAGAUCGCGCUGCAGCUGGGCCGCAUGCUGGAGGCCAGGAAGGCCUACGUAAACAUGUCACUAUUUGAGAACUUCACCUACGCGGGAAUCGACGCCACAGCUGAGGAGGCCUGAGGUACCCUCUGCCAGAACCUGGCUCUGCUGGCCGGAGCAAACUGUACGCCAACCUGUGACUUCUGACCCUCAUGGUGUCUACUCUAGAAAUUCUUCUAGCUCAAGGGGUGAAAGAAAGUAUGGACUGAGGGGAAGUGGCCCCAUCCAUGGCAGCUGUUCUCAUGGCCACCUUCACAUCUCUCCAGCUCAGCUCCUUCAUGCACUCACCGUCUCGUGGCUCCGAAUACCCAAGCCCCUGCUCUAGCUCCUCCACCCAAGCCAGCCUGUGUGCCACUAACAUGUCCCGUUCAGCUGCUCCCCACUCCCUGCUUGAACUCAGAAAAAAUAAAUGCUCUGAGCAGCUGCA